GAAUGACGUCUUUUGUGAUUUUCUUGGGACUGUUUGUCUUGGUAUUCUGCCACGAUGAAAUGCGUCAACUUUUGGAUAGUAAUUGUGACGAUUACCUUGAAGAAAGAGUAACUUCAGGAACUAAUGCACGCCCGGGUACUACUCCUUGGAUUGCUGCCAUAAGCAAUGGAACUCAUUUUUUUUGCGCAGGCACGCUCGUUCAUCCACGUUUCGUCUUGACAGCCGCCCACUGCAUUAAAAAUAAUCAACAAUUUCUGGUGAGCUUAGGGAUGUACGACAUGACCUGCCCAGAAGAAAAGUGCCCAGAAAUAAAAAAUUAUGAUGUGAUUAAGGCCAUACAUCAUCCCCAUUUUAACGACUUUACCAACGAAAAUGAUAUCGCCGUUUUAAAAUUGAGCGUUGAAGUGGUUUACAAUGAAUGGAUCCGUUCGAUCUGCAUUGUCACUGGUGACGGGCUAAAAACGUCGUCAAUCGUGAAUUUCUCGGCAUAUGGCUGGGGUGCAACGGAGAACCUUUACUUAAGUCCAAUCCUUAAGACCAUCAAUCUUUCCCACACACCGCAAUCUUGCUUAAGGUUUUACGAGGAAUCGCAGAUCUGCGCUGGUGCCGAAAGAGGCGACACUUGCCAUGGUGACUCAGGUGGUCCACUGGUCGCCAACAUCACAUAUCGGGGAUUCGUAUUCCCCACAUUGAUCGGGGUCACUAGCUAUGGUUCCAAAUUCUGCAACGCUAGUGCCAACUACGCGAACGUUACGGUCUUCAGACAAUGGAUCAAAAAUACCAUUUUGGCUAACAAUUACGAUCAGGAUCAGGAGCCCUUGUUGGAUGAGAACUGCAGCAGCACUUGGGAUAAACAUGGAUCUGUUCACGAACCCUGGAAAGUAUUAUUAUAUUACUACCUUCCUAUGGGCCAUGGCUGUCUUAGUAGUACCCAAAUGCCUUCUGGCUCCUUAAUCACAAAUCGCUUUGUUCUUACUACUGCAAGUAGUUUGCCCACAAAUGUAAAGCUUAUACUUGUUAGAGCGUCCGGCGGUGUCAGCUUUACCGUUAAAUCUGCCCACAAGCAUCCCCAAUUCACCGACUUCAACACGAGUUAUGCAAAUGAUAUAGCUUUGCUUGAACUUGAUCGAAAUGUGCGUUAUUCUCAAAAUCUGGCACCGAUCUGCUUCCGCCCAAGUCUUCAGAUGUCGGAGAACCCACCAACAUCGCUUACUGCCAUUACUCCUUCUUCGAAAAAUGAUCACUGCAAAUUUGAAUAUGAGAACUUCACCGUCAUUGAUCGUGUUACCAUUGGACUUGUCAUAUAUGAAAAUCAAAUCUGUGUGAAAGAAUCGUCCACCGUUUUACAUUCAGGUUGCGUAUUUGGUGCCAGCGAAUCUACGUCGUCGGGCGACAAGUUCUUUCUCCACGGCAUUGCGAGCUUUAGGAAGAACGGUGUGGUCAUUCUUACAAAUAUUACAUCAUACGCGGAUUGGAUAACGGAAACUGUAAAUUUUAAAUAAUAAAAUGUCAUUAAUAUCACCCAGGGAAA